AUGGCCCGGUGCGACCGCGCGCUCCAGACGCUGCUGGCCACGGCGGGCGCGUUCGUGGCGUUUAGCCUCAUGAGCAUCGCCGUGGGCACGGACUACUGGCUGUACUCGCGCGCGCACAUCUGCAACGCGACCAACAUCACGACGGACGAGACUCAGACGCAGGCCAAGAAGAGCCGCGGCGACCUGACGCACUCCGGACUCUGGAGGAUCUGCUGUAUAGAAGGCCUCAACAAAGGAAGCUGCUACCGUAUUAAUCACUUUCCAGAUGACAAUGAUUAUGACACUGACAGCUCAGAGUACCUCUUACGUAUAGUCCGUGCCUCGAGUGUGUUCCCCAUUCUCAGUACCAUUCUGCUGCUGCUGGGGGGGCUGUGCGUGGGGGUGGGACGCAUCUACAGCAAGAGGAACAACAUCCUGCUCAGUGCAGGCAUCUUGUUUGUGGCAGCAGGUCUGAGCAACAUCAUUGGCAUCAUCGUCUACAUCUCCAGCAACGCCGGUGACCCCAGCGACAAACGCGACGAGGACAAGAAGAACCAGUACAAUUACGGCUGGUCCUUCUACUUCGGAGCGCUUUCCUUCAUCGUGGCUGAGGCGGUGGCCGUCCUAGCCGUGAACAUCUACAUUGAGAAGAACAAAGAAGUGCGCUUCAAGGCACGGCGGGAGUUCAUCAAGUCUACCUCGUCCUCUUCUCCAUAUUCACGCAUGCCUAGUUUCCGCUACCGCCGGCGGCACUCACGAUCCAGCUCGCGCUCCACAGAGGCAUCUCGUGAGGCCUCUCCGGUCGGCCUGAAGAUGGUCAGCUCUGUGCCUCUGGGGGAGAUCAACAUGUACACACUGUCCAGAGACCCGCUCAAGUCGGGCACGGACAGCUCCUACAGCCCUGAACAUGACUCCGGAUUUCUACAGGUGCACAACUGUUUCCCUAAAGACUUGAAUGAUGGCGUCAACAGGAGGACAACGCCAGUAUGAGACACCUAUUUAACAGGAAUGUUCUAGAAGUACAGUGUACAAUGGCCCUAUAAAACAGUUACCAAGACAUAAUAGCUUAAUGGAGUAGUAGAAGAACCACUUCUUUGGUUAUGGCGAUGAACCAACUACCUAAUGCUAACAAGGGACUUUGAAUGGGCUGAAAGCUUUUAUUCCUUAAAUUCCACCCAUGGACUACUGUUCUGGUUCAGCGUUUCCUCUUACAGUGUUACUGAGAAAUGAUCUGAGAGACUGGCACAGCUACAAGAUACA